GACAGACAGACACACAGACAUAUGCCUAUUUUAACGAUCAGAACAACUGUGGUUUAUAGUUCACAUACAGUCAGAGGAGAUAUUUCCCAUUAGAGCCACUGCCGGACUAGGGACUUGUGGUACUUCUGACUUAAAAAAAAACAAAAAACAACAACAAACAAAAAACAAAACCGAAUCUGCCAGCUGGGGGUUAGUACCCCAGAAGCCACAGCAUCUGAUCGCUACUGAAGUCCACAUAGGAUCACAUACUGCACCAUGGCUCAGUAUGAUCAACUUGAGGAUAAGGACUCUCUGGAUAUCCAUGAUAACCCACCAGUACCUGAAAAUGUGGUCAAAGAGGAUGACAAUACUGUAUAUUUUAUAUAUGAUGAAGAGGUAGAGGAAGAAGAGGCUCCCCCUCCCCCAACUCCUGAGCCUGUGAUCCUAGUGAAUGACAGACCACAUAAAUUUAAGGAUCACUACUGCAAGAAACCUAAGUUCUGUGAUGUCUGUGCUCGAAUGAUUGUCCUCAAUAACAAAUUUGCCCUGCGCUGCAAGAACUGCAAGACCAAUAUUCAUCAUGCAUGCCAAUCCUAUGUGGAGUUCCAGAGAUGCUUUGGCAAAAUACCUCCAGGUUUCAGGCGUGCAUACAGCUCCCCUUUAUAUGAUCAGGAGAUAAAUAACCCUGGCCAACAAAAUCGCACUGACCCAGUCUUUGACACUCUGCGAACUGGAGUUAUCAUGGCAAAUAAGGAGAGAAAGAAAAGUUCAGAAGAUAAAAAGAAUAUGAUGAUGAUGAUGAUGGAGGAAGAAGAGGCCCAAGAGCAGCCCAAAGAGGGUGAAGAGGGGGGUGAAGGAAAGCAGGAUGCAGAUAAAAAAGACAAGGCGGCUACAGAUGACAAGAAUAAAAAGCAGCAACAGACCUUUAGUCAGACUCACUACUACCUGGCCCUGUACCGUUUCAAAGCAAUUGAGAAAGAUGACCUGGACUUCCAUCCUGGUGAUCGUAUUACAGUGAUUGAUGAUUCUAAUGAAGAGUGGUGGAGAGGUAAGAUUGGGGAGAAAACAGGAUACCUUCCAAUGACUUACAUCAUCAGGGUGCGUGCUGGAGAGAGAGUGUAUAAGGUGACACGCUCCUUUGUGGGAAACCGAGAGAUGGGUCAGAUCACACUGAAGAAAGACCAGAUAGUCGUGAAGAAAGGAGAGGAGGUGAAUGGCUAUCUAAAAGUCAGUACAGGCCGUAAACUCGGCUUCUUCCCUGCUGAUCUACUUCAGGAGAUCUAAAUGCCAACAUGGCACUGGUACAAGGCCAGUGUCUUAAUAAACAAACCAAUACAAUUAAGUUUGAGUUUUCCAAAAAUAUAAAAAUAUGGUAAAAAUGAAAUCUGAGUAUCUCAAAUUUUUGGAAUCAUAACUAUAUGCUAUGUGCUACAAUAUGGAUGCGAACGCAAGGACAUGGAUGUGAUCCAAGCAACUCUUGUUACCCUUGUAACACACACACACACACACACACACACCAUUUUAAGAGUAACUUAAAUAAAAUCAAAUUAUUAAAAGAAAAUUCAAGAAACACUUUAAGGUAUCUAAAAUUAAUCUAAAAAAAAACAUUUAGAGCAGUAAUCAGUAUGAAAUAAAAUUAAAAUAAAUAAUGAAAUGAUACAUUGCUUUUUGUAUAAAACUGCAUAAAUUCUCUUAGGCACACUGUGGGAAGGUUUGCUUAUAGGAUAUUCGAGGGAUCUUGGGGAACUUCCUGGCUCUGGCUCUAACUUGCUACUGUCUCUGCAGGGUAAAUCUGCCUUGACCAUAUUUUGAACAAUAACAUGGUCUAUUAGUUAGUAUGGUCAAUCAGUUAAUAAAUCACAUCAGUUAUUACAUUUAAUACAUUAAAUGUAUAACAUUUUCUGUAACCUUUACUUUUUAAAUGAAUAUUUAUAACACUAUUUUUCUACACUACUGGAACACUAAUGCUCAUGGCAUGCAGGGGUUGGACAAUGAAACUGAAAUACCUGGUUUUAUACCACAAGUAUGGUGAAGGGCCUCCUUUUACAGCCAAUACAGAUAUAAGUCCUGCACAUUGGCCAGAUUUUUGAGCCAUUCCUCUUGCAGAACAGUGGCCAGGUCACUAUGUGAUAUUGGUGGAGGAACACAUUUCCCGACUCACUCCUCCAAAUGCCAGGAACAGCUGGACAGUUCCCUGCCAGGCCCAGAGAGGGCGCUGGCAGGUGAACCUUGGAAGCCUGCUUCUUUGUGUGUCUUGUUACGCCCUUCCUAUUGUUCCUAUCCUGAUUGUGUCACCUGUAUCCUAUUAGCCCUAAUGUCUACCCCUAUAAAUAGGGAUCAUUGUGUUUGUGUCCUUGUCCAUGAUUGUUAUCUGUAUUGUGGGUUCUGUUGGGGUUUUGUUUGCUAGGGUCCAUGUCCAAGCUAAGGUCUAGGUUUUGUUUGCUAGGUUCCAUGUCCAAGCUAAGGUCUAGGUUUUGUUUGCUAGGUUCCAUGUCCAAGCUAAGGUCUAGGUUUUGUUUGCUAGGUUCCAUGUCCAAGCUAAGGUCUAGGUUUUGUUUGCUAGGUUCCAUGUCCAAGCUAAGGUCUAGGUUUUGUUUGCUAGGUUCCAUGUCCAAGCUAAGGUCUAGGUUUUGUUUGCUAGGUUCCAUGUCCAAGCUAAGGUCUAGGUUUGGUUUUGUUUAGUUUUGUUUAGUUAACCACGCCAUGUCUUGUGUUACGUUUGUUUCCCUAUGUUGCGUCUUAAAUGUAAUAAAAGCAGUGCUUCACUGAAUCCUGCGCAUGGGUCUCAUUACACCGUGUGCUGGCGUGCGCACACACACCACGGGCGUCUGGGGUCGAGCCCCGCAUAGGGCGGGGGUCCCAGACGUUAUACCAAACCAGUCUCAGUAAUAUUCAGAUCUAGUGACUGUGGACUGUCAUUGGUAAGUGUUUCGGUUUUAUUGUCCAAAAACAGGAUAAAGGCUUAAAAGAUAAACAUUUGUAUAUAGAUGCAGUGGCUCAUGCUACUGUUGUUUGUAUAGAAAUGUACACUUGAUACACUUUACACAGUAUAUUUAAUAUUCACAAUUAAGAAGAGAGACUAAAGAUGUGAUGAGUAACUAGGAAGAAUUUAUAAUUGAUUUUUAAAUCCAUAAUUUAUAUAAUAUUUAAAGACAUUGCCUAACAUCAAUUUUUGUGUGAAAAUAAUCUCAUUUAAUUACGUUUUUUUUUUUAUCUGGUAUAUCUACCACACACAGUGAGGGCCUGAGUUACUGGAGCUCUUCAAAUUUUUGGAGAGAAAUGUCUCACAAAUGAAUGAUUCAUGGCAGAUUAUCUGCUUAAUUU